CCUAUUCAUGUUAGGAAUCUCAUUGUUGGUUUGGACAUCAUUCAAGCUGGUGCUUUAGGGCUGGAGAGCGGCACUGGUCCCAUCACUACCAUAUUUCCAGAGGGAGGACGAGGACAACACAACUGCAUUCUGUACAUCACCCACAAUACAUGCAGCAAAUCUUAUAGUAAAAAUAUCAAGCUGGGUUUUAGGAUUAAACUGAUAGUUGGUUUGGACUUUUUGUAAAGAUGACUCUCUUGAGUUUGGCACUUGCAUGGUCCUUGUUAACUUUGAUAGGUUCUUCAACUUCAUUAUAUCUGGAGCAUGAGGAGGAAAUCAAUGAGACUGUCAUUUGUACUAAAGACCUUAUGGAAGUAGACAUACCUAGUGUCUUCUUUCUCAACAAAGUUCCUCCAGUCUAUAUUUGGGAUUUACACCUUAAUGACCCUGAAUGUCGAGGCAUGGAAACAGAGAACUCCUAUGUAUUCUCAAUUAAAGCCAACCUGUCAGACUGUGGAACCAUCACGGCUUCUGAUGACACCCACAUCAUGUUUAUAAACAACAUACAUAAUAAUAACUCGGAUGUCAUCACAAGAACCUACAUCAACAUCACGUUUGUGUGCCGCUACCCUAUCAACUACAUGGUCAAGCAAACUAAUGGCAAAAACAUGAUAAAUGUUGAUAUAAGGACAAUUACACUCAGCACGGAAGAUGGCAACUUUUCUGUUUCAAUGAUGCUGUACAAGGAUGAGGGUUUUGAAGACAAAUGGACAGAUGUUCCUUUUCUAGCACUGGAAGACAACAUUUAUGUACAAGUCUAUAUGGUACCAGCUCAUUUAAUAAUGCGGCUCGAGAGUUGCUGGGCUACCCCAACAAAUGACCCAUACAGUAACAUUCAGUACACUUUCAUCAGAGACAGCUGUCCUGAAGGAACUAAUGAGCAAACAUUAGUAGUAAUAAAGAACGGCGAGGGUUCAGAGGCAAUGUUUCGGAUACAAAUGUUCAAGUUUGUGGGAGACUCCUAUAAAGACGUAUUUCUGCACUGCAAUGUUCAAAUAUGUCACAACACAGUGGGGGUCUGCCAACCAAACUGUUCAGAAGAAGAAGGGAUGACAAGGACAAAAAGAGAUAUUGUACCAUCUCACACAGUUUCCUAUGGUCCUAUUAGAAGACAGACAUCCAGUAAAGGAAAAGCAGGUCAGAGCACUGCACAUCUGCCACCGGUGGAGACCUUUGUGCUAGGAGGACUGCUGCUGGUUGUUCUUUUACUCACUGGAGUAUUUGGAAAGCUCUGGGUGCGGUCACGAGGGCAGUAUCCCACAAUGCAAGCUCAGCUGACCUUGUCGAAUAUUCACCACCACUCAGAGGUUGCCUCUUAACCUAAGAGAUAUCCUGGCUGUAUAUAAUGUUCAUUUUCCCGACGAGGUUAAUGAUGGAUCUUAUCUGUCAUGCUCUUCCAUACAAUGUGUUGGUCUUGCAUGUGCAGUUUUGAAAGAAGCACAUGUUAUAGCAAGAUUGUACCUUUCAUUGUAAUUUUUUUUUUUUUUUUUUUCUGAUACACCUUCAAAGCCUACUUCCCCUAACGUGAAAUGCGUUCUGAGCUCCAAUUGCCAAAUGUUCAAGUAUAACGGAUUCCUGGCAGACAUACAAACUGGGGGUUUUCUUUAACCUAGUAAGGUUUCAGAUAUAAUUUUAAAAUGAAAAUGAAUGUUUGAUAGAAAACGUGCUUCUUCUGAAACUGCACAUGUGAGACCUACUUAGCAAAUGCAAGUGAAUGACAGGUACAACUUAUGGAAUUAUUUUAUUGGCUAUAAGCCUUUGAAAUAGUUGCAUAUCCUGAGUUAACGUAAAAAAAAAAUACCAAAAGAUUCCCAGAAUAAUAAAAAUGGACCAGUGAUAAUUUGGUACUUUUAACAAAUGUAACACCAGCCACCAAAUCAAGAAUGGUGUAAGUCAUGAAAGGUGCAUCCUAAUAUAGAAAAUCUGCAUGUGUCUCGUGAUGUUAUUACUUCAGCAGUGAUCACUAUUAUCACAGCAGAAAUGUUAAUGAAUGUGUAAGCAAUUUUGUCUGAAACUCCAAAAGGGGUCCUUUUUUCAUGAACCCAAAACACCACUUAAACCAUAUCAGAGCAUAGGAACAGUAUUCGUGAAAAACUCAUUUUAAUUUUUAACACAGAACAGAAACAAAAAGGCCUUUAAUAUUCUAGCUUAAUUUUCAAAAAUAACUGCAUUCUUAUAUACAGCUUGUGGUGUGUUCCUAUUCUUUUUUGUACGGGGGCAGUAGACCAUGUUAUGAACAUAGCCUGCAUAUUUUAACUGAAUGAUUGCAUUUUCACAAAUAAACUGUAAAAAACAAAAGUUGCUGUCAUGUUACAAUCAACUGGUCUACCUUGUUUAUGUGUUUUUUUUUUUCUUUUUUUCCUCUUACAAUGAACACUUUGAUAUAUUGUAUUUGAUUUGUAUUCUGGUUUAAUAAUUGUUUUGUCUAUAUUGUCUCGUCUAGUCGAGUGUGUUUAAGCAAAUUAAUUAAGCUAAAGUUGUGCUUGUAGCAUUUACUGGGUUAAAUAAUACAACAUAUUCUUUGGAGCCUUAGUACAUUGAAAGUAACUUGCUGUAAUCACUGGUUAUUUGAAUCAACCACAUAUUGUAAUUAAACCCUUUGCU